AUGGUGCUCCUGGGGCUAUCAGGCCGCUACUUCACGCUCGCCGUCAUCGCCGCCGUUUUCAUCAGCGGCAUCCUGUACGCCUCCUUCUACCACAUAUUCAACGGCUUGUCCUACCAGCCGAAAUCCCAGUCCCAGCUCCCGCCAUGUCGCCCCGUCAUCCCGGCCGCGGGGUCCAAUAACAACGGCGGUGCCUGUCCUGGGGACGCACCAUGGAAGUUCGAAACGGAGCGUGACGGCGAUAACUACGGCUUAAGCAGGGCGCAGUGUCAAAAGGCGUUUCCGAAGCUCUAUGUUGAGAUUGAGAAGGCGGUUGUGGCGAGGCGGGGGAGGAAUAUUACUUUUGAUGAGCUGAAUUCGAAGCCGUUGAAGACUUCGAUGGUUAGAGCUAUGGUUUAUCAGGGAGCGCUCUAUGUCAUAAAUUUCGAAGAUAUGAGAUACACCUUCAGCCGAGCAAAGGCGUCCCUAAACGCCCUCAAUCGUGCCAUAAGCGCCAUCCCAAACCCCAAUGAAAUACCCAACAUUGAAUUCAUCUUCACAACAGAAGAUUUCCACGACGACCCACACCCCGUAUGGGUGUAUUCCAAACGUGAAGACGACGGCUGGGCCUGGCUCAUGCCCGAUUUCGGCUACUGGUCCUGGCCCGAGAUCAAAGCAGGCCAAUACCGCAGCGUCCGCCAACGAAUCGCCGCCAUCGACGAAGGCACUGUGAUAAACGGCAAAGCGCACCCGCCCCUGAAAUUCCAGGAUAAGAAAAAACAGCUCCUAUGGCGCGGCGCCAUCGCCACGGCGCCAGAACUCCGCCAGGGCCUCGUCGAUGCCACAAAGGGCAAAUCCUGGGCCUCCGUGCGCCCUCUCACAUGGGCCGACGAGAAGAGCAUGCAGGAAAACUUCAUCCCGAUCGAAGAUCAUUGCAGAUACAUGUUUGUCGCCCACGUCGAGGGACGCAGCUACUCCGGCCGGGGCAAGUACCUCCAGAACUGCCGCUCGGUGAUGGUCGCGCACCAGCUGAACUGGCGCGAGGCACACCACGGCGCCCUGGUCGCUGCCGGCCCGGACGCCAACUACGUCAAAGUGAAACGCGACUUCUCCGACCUGGAGUCCAAGAUGAACUACCUACUGGACAACCCGGAUGUGGCGGAGAGGAUCGCUGAGAAUUCGGUGCGCACGUUCCGGGACCGGUACCUGACGCCGGCGGCGGAGGCGUGUUACUGGCGCGAGCUGAUGCAUGCGUAUGCGUCCAUGUGCGACUUCGAGCCGGUGCUGUAUACUGAUUCGAGCGGGGAUCCGAAUUCGGCGCGUGGUGUGCCUUUUGAGUCGUUCGUGUUGGAUUGGAAGUUACCUAAGUCCUAAGUCAGGAUGUUAAUGAUUUCUUUUCUUUUCUUUUUUUUU